AUGAAGUCAUCUGUCCAGGUGCAUGCGGAAGAGCUCCCCGAGGAGAUGUAUGCAGAUGCUAAUGCUUUCCCGCUCAUCAGGAGACCGUCGGGGGUGUCCAUCCGGCACGCGGUGUGGCAGUUCCUGGGCCCCGGCUCCCUCGCCGCGCCGGGCUUCAUGCGGCCGACGUUUGACCAGGCGGGGUCCAGGGCUGCCGAGCUGGUCCGCAGCGCACCGUCAACGUCGUCCAAGUCGGAGAUCAUGCAGCAGAGCAGGAGAUCCUUCCUGCUCGGCGCCGACGAGAUCCGGUCACAUUCUCGAACAGAGCGGAGCAGUCAGCCAUGGCGAGUCGCCCUAACUGCCGAGCACCUACGUCGCCGUCUCGUCCCUGGCGUGGGCGUCCAUCGCCCGGGCGACGCCCGCCAUGCUCGACGCCGACUACGCCCAAUGGUGAACGCGGACUGCCGCAGCGACCUGCGCCAGCCACUCGGCGACGGCUUCUUCGGGACCUGCGUCAAGGCGUGCUACGCGCAGGCCGGCGGGCGGCGCGGGCGGCCUGUGCGGCGAGGCUGGCGUCGCGCGCGCCACCGCGACCAUCCAGGGCGCUAUCCGCGCGUACUUGGAGGAGCCUGA